UCUAUAUAAUAGUUUAACUUUUAAAUUACAGUAUUUCCUUGGAGACAAGGGAGAAUGUCAAAGGAGUGUAAUAAAUAAGGGCGCAGUAGCGAGAUGUUCAGAUGUCAAGGACAUUUGGGACAUUUUUUCCUGUGAGAUUCACGCACGGGUAGCCACAUUCGCCGAUCUCGAGCCAUAGAAUAACAUCGUAUGUGACUUAUCUGUGAUUGGAACGUAUCUUUCUCACGCGCGAUGAGCGCACUUUGCGAAAUUUGCUUCUGCAAAUCUACAUCGUGCUGCGUUAGUAUCGUGAAUAGCUCAAUGUUUGUUGCAGCAUUUGUCUGUUGUGCACCGUUCAUCGCGCGAUAAGAAUAAAAAAAGUUGACCUGAUAUCAGGCAAAUGUUCUUUUAGCGCUGCGUAAAAACACGAACGGUUUCGUAAACAUGUCAUGGACGUUGUUUUUUAGCUUAACAGAGAUUCCCUGGACAUCUCGCUAGUUCUACCGGGCUAUGAUCGGCAAACAGUCAAAGCAAUAUCAUUAGAUAGUCCAUUUUGUGCGUAUAAGGUUUUCAUCAAAGAGUCAAUAAUAUGUUAUAGAUCCCGCCCCGCUUUGACAGCAAUGUCUAUGGUGUCAAGUAGAGAAAGUAGCUAAAUUGCUUGGUAUCCAAGUCUUCUUGUUUAGCUCUUUCCAAUACGCUGUGAAGGGCAAAGUGGGGAUUGCAACUUUAAGUCCUGUUUGAAGGCUACAAGCUUAUCAAGGUGAACAUGAAGUCCCUCGUCACGUGCGUGCUUUUAGUGACUGCCUUCUGCGGGAUGGCGCUCUGCCAAAAUCAAGGACACGCCAGAACCAAAAGAGCCCAACCCAUCGAACACAAUGUGUACACAUUGGACCAUUUUAUUGAGCUCGUGGAGAAGAUUGAACGUCACAAGAAGACCAGCCUGCAAGGGCUGAUGGGAAUCGCUCAGAUGAUCCGUAAUAUGGCGGGCUACGUUGACGACUUAUGGGAGAUACUGCUCGGUACAUCAACCCCACUUCCGGUUGGAGUCCUAACUACAGAGGAAAGAAACGCCUUGGUGAAGAUGACGAAACACCAGUUUAACGGGCUAGUUGAGGAGGGUGUUGUGCGCAUAGGUAAUGACACUAUUGCUAUGGGUCCCGUCAUCCUCGGGAUAAUUGCGGGUAUCUCCCGUAAGUCACGCGUGUACCUCGAUACGUGGAGCUCGGACGCCGAAGAUCCAGUUGAUAACUUGUUCACUUCGACAAUCGCAGGCGACCUUGCGAGGACCGGUCUACGGAAGGCUAAUGACGCUAGCAGAGCACUUUUCGGCCCCGGGGGCACUUGGGACUCGCUCACGUGCUCGUCCACCUACACGGUGACAACCUCUCAGAUAUCCGAUGCAAGCGACGCCCUGUUGCUAGGAGACGUGGAUGGAUUCCUGCUGGGUUACGGGGUGUCAAAAUGGGCGAAGAAAGGCGUCCGUCUUGGGCAGCUCUUGAGGAUGUAUUACAGCAAUGGGGUGUGCUAUGACGAGACUUUCCAGGCGUGCAACCGGUACACCAAGCUUAAGUCCAUCUUGAGCGAGUCGCAGAUCUCCCAUCAGACGGCGACGUUCAGCUACGCGUUCUACUACAAGAACCAAUCCAGUCUUCCGAAAGUUGGGAAGGGACAGAUCAACAACAUCGCUAAGGAAACCGCGAAGAAAUUUUUUCCUCAACUUGAGACAAUUCACAAGAAUAAAGACUGCACUCAAUUCACCGGCCAAGACUGUGAGUUGCCAGCCAACCUGGUUUUCGUGAUGGAUGAGUCGGGAAGUAUCAACAGACACAACUACGAGAAGGAAAAAACAUUUGUCACGAAAGUAAUCGAUGCAUUCGAUAUAUCUCCGUACCAGACUCGGGUUGCCGUCGUGACGUUUUCCACUGACCCGAGGCUAGAAGUGAAACUUUCCGAUUACGACUCCAAGUCAAGACUGCAGUGUUCGGUCAGCAGACUCCUGUAUAGACAGGGUAGCACCCAUACUGCAAAGGCGAUCAACAUGGCGAAUGAUGAGAUCUUGGGUCCGGCUCAAGGCGCAGCAGCUACUGAGGGGGGUGCCCAGAGGAGCGUUGUGCCAAUCAUGGUCCUACUGACAGACGGCAAGUCCAACGACCAGGGACAAAACGCUCUUAAAAACGCUGUAAAGAGAAUCAACAACGAUAUCUCAGGUCUGAUCUCACUGGCAGUCGGAGUGGGCUCGAACAUCGAAAAGUCCGAGCUACAAUUGAUCGCCAGCGACCCUGACGUCAAGCACGUGUUCUACGCCGACGACUUUGAUCAGCUCAUCAGGCUUGUCAAGUCUAUUCAGAAGACAACCUGCGACUCCCCGUUGGAGAUGGAGCUUGAUUUCCGUCCCGGUGCAAACCACACGGUCAUCUCCGCCUUCGUGUCCCCCAAGAGACCGCGAUACUUCGUGCUGCCUUCAUCCUGGUUCUACGGGAUUCCUGACAUCGUCAUUGACGUCACGCCAGUGUACGGGACUGUCGCCAUCUAUGCGUCACGCAAAGAUCCAACACCAGGACCGGACAGCUACCUCUACAAAAUCGACCCGCUCAGUGUAGGCGAGACAAUGAAAUUGAGAGUUUCUGACCCUUGUCACGGGUAUAACCGGACUGAUUGUCCGCCAAUCUACCUGGCGGUCUAUGGAGGCGACGCGGAGUUCAACUGCGCAGAGGAAUCGUGCAUUGUCCCGAGUCAGAUCAAGUUUAGAAUUAACCAAGGUGUGUGGUCAAGCUCAAGUCUCGUGACACCGCUUGGGUUGUUCAGCUAUCUGCUGGCAGCGAUGAUAGUGGCUCUCAAACACCUUACAUAACAAGGAAACGAGGGCAAACACCUUACAUAACAAGGAAACGAGGGCGAACACCUUACAUAACAAGGAAACGAGGGCAAACACCUUACAUAACAAGGAAACGAGGGCAAACACCUUACAUAACAAGGAAACGAGGGCGAACACCUUACAUAACAAGGAAACGAGGGCAUUUCCUGGAGGCUAUGGAGACAUCUGGUGUAUAUAUUACUAGCUUUUAUACUAUAAAUUAUCAUUUUUUAGCUACCUAUAUGUUUUUCUGUUGUCGUGAUCGAGUAUAUAUCUACCAUUAACCAACGCCUACCAGUCCCAAGUAGUGGGUCAUUUCUUAUUGAAGAAUAAGAUACCCAAUCCACACCCCCCCCCCCACCUCUCUCGACAAAUCCUGUCCGUAUACGCGCCUACCUACAUCCAUCCUAAUAUACCUUUCAUUCAUUAUGUUAUACAAUCUGAUUUGGCCACCUCCCGAGUCUUCAAAUAUAUAUUUGUUAUUAAGGCAUUAUUGUCAACUACAAGUCCAAGUCGAAAAUAAAGAUUAUUUUAGCGAUC